GCGUCUCACGCAGCGCGCGCAGGUGUCUGUGCGGUUGGUGGAGGAGAGCAGCAGCGUCUCAAUGUUGGACAGUCUUCAGUCUCAGAGUCAGCGUCAUUACCAGAAGCUGGCUGUCCCUAACGGCACUGAGGCGCCACUCAGCACUAGAGCACAAAGCAGAGAGAGCAGCUACCUGCAGCUCCACACACCAAGGCCUAGAGCGGUCUCAUGCCUGACAGAGUAUAGGUGUGCUUACGUUCCUCAUCGGCCCAGUCUUCCAGUGUGUCGUAAGCAUCGGAUUGUGGGGGCUAAAGAGGAGAGCGGAUUUACUGAGGGAAACAGCCUGCAGCCUUACACGUUUCUACCUCUACACAUGCAUGUGGACGGGGUUUGCCAGACACACUCAAGUGUGACAAGGAUGGACUUUCUGCCAUCAGCUUUUCUUCAGGGCAGUGAGAUGUUACCCAAACUGGUCAGUCACGCUCCACGAGAGACUGGCUUCACCAGAGACACUCGAAAUCCUCUUGCAAGCCAUGCCUCCCUGCUGGUGCAUCAUUGUGGCGGCAGGCAGAAGAGCAGUGUGUCUGCUCAGAGAUCUAUUGGACUGAAGGAAGGCUCAGGAUUUGUCCUAAACACUCCCACUCUCAGGACCCUGUCACACACACCCUCUGACCCAAUGCAUUUCCUCACACACUACCAGAGCAAGUUUUGUGAUCCAGCAGCAAUUGCAACUCUGAAGGCAAACUGGACAACAGGGGGUAUUCACACACACGGAUGCAGUGGAUACAGGGGACGAGACACAGACAGGUUUAAUCUAUGUGGAUAUUAACCUGGGCAUGUUCAAUAAAUGUCUAAUUACUGAUU